AUGAAUGAGAGUUAAAAGGAUUUGUAACAUAAACUAUUUGUUUUAGAAUAUCCAUAAAAUGAGUUCUUUAUGAUCUAAGAUUAAAAUGUGAGAAUAACAAAAAAGAGUUUCAGUUGUUAAAUGGUCUCUGGCAUAUCUGAUGACUUACCUAAACAAAUUCAAAAGUUCUAUAAGAAAAGACACUUCUUAUUUAAAAAGUUUAAUGAGGGAAUACUUUUAGAUGAAGAAUCUUGGUACUCUGUAAUACCUGAGGUUUGAAGUUCACUAUCAUUUUAAGGUUAUGAGUUCUCAUAUUACAAAUAAAUUAAAAAUCAGUUCUCCUGAAUCAGAUAUAGUAGACGGUUUCUGUGGUUCAGGAGGAUUAGCUAUUCAAUUAGCCUAAUUAUUUAAGACAGUUAUUUGCAUAGAUAUCGAUCCUAUGUAUAUUAAUUGUACUAUUUAAUCAGAAAGAUAAAUAAUAUCACAAAAAACUUAGAAGUGUAUCAAUCUAUUGCUAGAGUUAUUUAAAUGAACUUUCUAGAGUAUUCUCACAAUAACCAAGAUCUUAUUCUUAUUAUGUGUCCACUUUGGUAUUAGUUGAUCUGAUUCCAUAGGGGUGGACUCAAUUACUUGCAUCAACCAUUUGAUUUAAACAGCAUGAAACCUCCAUUAUAAGAGUUACUAACAAAAGGUUUGUAAAUGACAGAUAAAAUUGUUCUACAAUUACCAAAAAAUAUUGAUCUUUUACAAUUAGUUAAUAUAUUUAAGAAUGUAACAGGUAAACUUAGACUAAAAGUGAAACCCUUAGAAGUUGAAAUGAUGUUCAUAAAUGAGUAAAUAAAUUAAUUAAUUAUUUACUAUGGGUUAUGAGAUAUAUUUUACAUUUCUACUCAAUCUCACAUUGAGCCUAUAUAUAAAUUAUGUUGUAACAAUCCCCUACAUGGUACAAUGCUAAUUUACUUUCUUUUAUAGGAUGAAGAAUUUCAUUUAGAUCAAAUGCAACAUUAUCUAGAUUCAGAUUUUGCUUAUUGGAAUCCAAAAUUGACUACUCCACCUAUGCUUUACUUUCUUAAUUAUCCAUUUAUUUUAUUGCUCUCCAAAAUGGGUUUUAGCACACUUAUAGCUUGCAGAAUAAUCAACACGUAUAUAUAUAUUUAAUUAUAGUUUUAUAUAUCCAAUUAUCACAUUUUUAGUUUUAUCCAAAUCGUUUUAAAAUAAACAAAAGGCAUUAUUAUUUUCAAUUCUCCCAACUAUUUAUUUUUAUAACUUUUUGUUCUAUACCGAUACCUUAUCAAUUACAUUAUUAUCCUUAUCUUUUCAAUUAUUGUAGUCAAAGUAUUAUUUUAUUUCUUCAAUUGUAAAUUUUUUAAUCUUAUAUAUUUCUAGUUUUCAUUAUGUUCUGUGAUGAGUAGAUAAACAAAUAUAUUAUGGAUUGUUUAUAUCUGUAUUAAAGAUUAUUUGGACUAAAAUUAAAUCAAGUUAUAAUUUAAAGAUCCCAGAUUAUGUAUUUAUUAUAUAUAUAUUUAACUAAGCUAUUACAUUUCAUCUUAAUGCUUUAUUCAAUAUGAUUUUGAGUGAUUUAAGAACUAUAAUAAGAAACUACAUAUAUCAUAUUUGCAUUUUAAUACUAUUUAUUGUAUUUCUAUAUAAAAAUGGUGGAGUUGUAUUAGGAGAUAAAGAUAAUCAUUAAUUAGUAUUUCAUGCUGCUUAAAUAAUGUAUUUUAUGCCAGUUUUGUUUAUUUAUUUUCCAAUAAAUUGGAAUACUCUAUUCUAAUAUACUUAAUUAUCCAUAAAGAGAUUAUUAUUAUCUAGAAAUGCAAAAUUCACUUAUUUGAUUAUUUUGAUAAUAUGUUUGGAGAUUGUUCAUGAUUGGACAUACAUUCAUCCUUUUAUAUUAAGUGAUAAUCGUCAUUAUGUAUUUUAUAUUUGGAGAAGAAUCCUCUCUAAAGAUAUAUAUCGUUAUAUUUUAUGUUUCAUUUAUGCUUUAAUUAUUGUAAUUUUAAGCAGAAUUUUAAUUAGUAAAUAAGUAAUCAUAAUUAUAUAGUUCGUAAAGAAUAAACUUUCUAAUUAAUUUUACUAUUCAUUUUCACAACUUUAUCUCUUAUAUUUAGUCCAUUGAUUGAACCAAGAUAUUUUAGCAUUCCUUUAUUGUUCUUUUAUUAACAUUGCUAAUUUGCAGAAUAAACUUUGAAAAAACAAAUAACUGUAUUUACUUUAAUAAAUUGCAUUAUUGUUUAUGUAUUUUGUGAAGUUAAGUUUUCUUGUGAUUUUCCAUAAUGUAGAUUUAUGUUUUGA